GUUCCCUGCGGUAGCGGUGUGAGGGCUCCUCUCCUAUAGCGGCUACGGAGCGUCUCUCCCCCAGCAGCCCGGGCCCAUGGGCAGUUCCGGGGGUAUUUGGGCUUGUGGGUAAGGUGCCGGUUCUGGAGUGCUAGCCGGGGGGCUACCCAUGAUGCACCAUGCUGUUCUCCCUGCUUGAGUUGGUGCAGUGGUUGGGAUUCGCCCAACUGGAGAUCUUCCUGCACAUCUGGGCGCUGCUGGUAUUCACGGUGCUGCUGGCGCUGAAGGCCGACGGCUUUGCCCCCGACAUGUCGUGGUGGAACAUCUUCAUCCCGUUCUUCACCGCCGACGGCCUGAGCACCUACUUCACCACCAUCGUGACGGUGCGGCUCUUCCAGGACGGGGAGAAGCGCCAGGCGGUCCUUCGGCUCUUCUGGAUCCUCACCAUCCUCAGCCUGAAGUUUGUGUUCGAGAUGCUCCUGUGCCAGAAGCUGGUGGAACAGAGCCGGGAGUUAUGGUUUGGGCUCAUCAUGUCCCCCGUCUUCAUCCUGCUCCAGCUGCUCAUGAUCCGGGCCUGCCGGGUCAACUAGGGACCCCCAAUGGACUCAUUUAUUCCUAUACCUGGUUCUGGUAUCCCUGACUGUAAGACUGAUCCGAUUUGGUUCCGAGUGUUGCUCAGUUCAGCUUUGUACAGAUGGAACCACUCUGAUUCUAAUAAAGCAAAGUAAAGCAUG